AUGACGGUAGCAGCCUGGGUGCCGUGGAGCAGUCAUGCUGGAACACCUGCUGAUACCAGUGGGGAAACAGAGGGCUGGUCUUCCUCGGGUCUGUCGUCUAGUAGGCCUCAGCUGCUCAAUGCCGUAAUCACCAGGCACUCUGGCUACCGGGCACUAAAAUGUGGCCAGUUUGAAUCGAAAUGUUCUGUUAGUGUUAAAUACAUGAAAGAAUUUGAAGACUACAAAAGCCUAAAAUUCCGCUCUCAAACAGGGUCCACGUUAGUGGGCUUGGCUGAUGCUAGAAGUAACUUUCUGCUGAGAACUCACAGAAACCUGAUGGAAAAGUCAGGAAACAGCGUCUGUGCUCGGGUCCGAAAGUUGCGCUCUCUGGACCGGCCCCCAGGGGGCCGCGGUCAAAGUGAUUGGGGUGCGCGGACUCGGGGAGGCGCUGGAGCGGCGAGAGCCGGCGAAGGCAGCAGGGUCCAGGCGGAGCAUUGCUGUCGCCAAGGCAACCGCGCAAGCUGCAAACAGCCGCGCGAGCUGGCCGACGUGCGGCCAGAGCGGACGCCUGGGAACAGCGUGGGCAGAGGCCCCGGACAGCCGCGGGGCCAAGUGUCCGCCGGCCGCGACCAGCUGCGUGCCUCCGGGAAGCGCCGGAGCGCAGCGUCAUGGACAAGUCGGUACGGUGCGCGCUCGGUCUCAGCAGCUCCCACGCCCUGCCUGUCCCCGCCGCGCUUGCGCCGCCGCCGGCCUGCCCCGCGCUCGCAAAGACUGAAGGAAGAGAAGGAAGCCAAGCGGGCACGUUUGGAUGGCAGGCACGCCUAUGUAUUUGCCAUUGUAGCUUCCUGCGUGGACUUGAACAAAACCGAAGUGGAGGAUGCUGUCCUCGAGGGGAAUCAGAUUGAAAGAAUUGAUCAGCUUUUUGCUGUUGGAGGUCUUCGCCAUCUCAUGUUUUACUAUCAGGAUGUGGAGGUAGCAGAAACAGGACAGCAUAGCUCUUCAGGAGGAGUAAAUCCUAUUUCUGGAAAGAUGAAAAAACCUAAAGUGUUCGUGACCGAGGGAAAAGAUGUAGCUCUUACUGGCACCUGUGUGUUCUUCAUCAGGACAGACCCUUCCCGAGCCAUCACCCCUGAGAACAUCCAUCGGGAGGUGAGCUUUAAUAUGUUAGAUGCCGCCAAUGGGGGCCUGCUCAAUAGCAUGAGGCAUUUGCUGUCGGACAUCUUCCUUCCGGCUCUCAGGGCCACAAGCCAGGGCUGGGGCGAACUUGAAGGGCUUCCGGAAGCAUCCAGCAUUCGGCAGGACUUCUUGAGCUCUCUGGAAGGCUUUGUCAGUGUCCUGUCGAGUGCACAGGAGAGUUUGAAGGAGAAGGUGACCCUUCAAAAGUGUGACAUAUUUGAACUGAAAACCCUGAAGGAACCAAUAGACUACUUGACUCUAGCUAAUAACCCCGAGACUUUGGAAAAAAUAGAAGGUUGUAUGAAAGUGUGGAUCAAACAAACAGAACAGGUCCUCGCCGAGAACAAUCAGCUGCGGAAGGAAGCGGAUGACCUUGGGCCCCGAGCAGAGUUGGAGCACUGGAAGAAAAGACUAUCCAAGUUUAACUACCUUUUGGACCAACUGAAAAGCCCGGAUGUGAAGGCUGUGUUGGCAGUGCUUGCUGCUGCCAAGUCGAAACUUCUGAAGACUUGGCGGGAGAUGGACAUUCGAAUCACCGAUGCAGCUAACGAAGCAAAGGACAAUGUCAAAUAUUUGUAUACACUUGAAAAAUGCUGUGACCCCUUGUACAGCAGUGACCCUAUAUCCAUGAUUGAUGCUAUUCCUACACUUAUAAAUGCAAUUAAGAUGAUCUACAGCAUCUCUCAUUAUUAUAACACCUCUGAGAAGAUUACAUCUCUGUUUGUAAAGGUGACCAAUCAGAUGAUAUCGGCAUGUAAAGCUUAUAUUACCAACAAUGGAACUGCUUCUGUGUGGAGCCAGCCGCAAGACAUUGUUGUGGAAAAAAUAUUAUCUGCAAUUAAACUUAAGCAGGAAUACCAGCACUGCUUUCACAAGACAAAACAAAAGCUUAAACAAGAUCCAAAUGAAAAACAGUUUGAAUUCAGUGAGAUGUAUAUUUUUGGAAAAUUUGAAACUUUUCACCGACGGCUUGCUAAGAUUAUAGACAUCUUUACAACCUUUAAGACGUAUUCAGCCCUGCAAGAUUCUAAAAUUGAAGGGCUGGAAGAUAUGGUCACAAAAUACCAGGGUAUGGUUGCCACCAUAAAGAAAAAAGAAUAUAAUUUCUUAGACCAGCGGAAAACGGAUUUUGACCUGGAUUAUGAAGAGUUUUGCAAGCAGACUAAUGACCUUCAUAAUGAGUUGCAGAAGUUCAUGGAUGCUACAUUUGAAAAGAUUCAAAACACAAAUCAAGCUCUAAAUAUGUUAAAGAAAUUUGAAAGAUUGAAUAUACCCAACCUUGGUGUUGAUGACAAAUACCGGCGUACCCUUGAAAACUAUGGGGCUGACAUCGAUAUGAUCGCGAAGCUGUACACAAAGCAGAAAUGCAAUCCUCCACUGGCCCGAGAUCAGCCUCCCAUUGCUGGGAAGAUUUUGUGGGCCCGUCAGCUCUUCCACAGGAUUCAGCAACCGAUGCAGCUUUUCCAGGAGCACCCACCUGUGCUACGGACACCCGAAGCCAAACCUGUGAUUCGCAGUUACAACAGAGUGGCCAAGGUCCUCCUGGAGUUUGAGAUUCUCUACCACAGGGCAUGGCUUCAACAAACUGAAGAAAUUCACAUAGGACUUGAAGCUUCCUUAUUGGUGAAGGCUCCAGGCACAGGAGAAUUGUUUGUAAACUUUGAUCCUCAGAUAUUAACCUUAUUUAGAGAAACAGAGUGCAUGUCACAGAUGGGUCUGGAAGUGUCACCAUUUGCAGCUGCCCUUUUCCAGAAACGGGAUAUAUACAAAACGAACUUCAGUAACAUGAAGUUGAUGCUGGCUGAAUAUCAGAGAGUGAAGUCAAAAAUGCCCCCCAUUGUAGAGCAACUGAUGGGCCCUCAUUUGGCUAAAGUGGAUGAAGCUCUCCAGCCCGGCUUGGCUGCACUGACAUGGACGUCACUGAACAUUGAGCCAUACUUGAAAAAUGCUUUUGCAAAGAUCAAGGAUCUGGAAUUGCUGGUCGACAGGGUCAAUGAUCUGAUAGAGUUCCGCAUCAAUGCCGUUCUGGAAGAAAUGAGCAGCAUGCCGCUUUGUCAGCUCCCCCAGGAGGAGCCGCUUACCUGCGAAGAGUUUCUCCAAAUGACAAAGGAUCUUUGUGUAAAUGGUGCGCAGAUCCUACACUUUAAAAGCUCUUUAGUGGAGGAAGCAGUCAAUGAGCUAAUAAAUAUGUUGUUAGAUGUGGAAGUUCCUUCAAAAGAAGAAAAUGGAAAGGCAUUCAAUGUGAACGGUGCUGAUUCCAUAAACGAAAGUUCAGCAAAAAGAGAAGUAAAUUCCUACACCUUGACAUCUUCCCUUAAUGCUGGGUUAGGCCUCCUGCCUAUGGCGACAAUCACAAGAAAGAAGAAAGAGAUGCAGAUCUUAGAGGAAGAGGCCCGCGAGUUGGUCUCUCAUUUCAAUCAUCAAAACAUGGAUGCUCUUCUGAAAGUUACAAGGAAUACACUGGAGGCCAUUCGCAGGCGAAUUCAUUCAUCCAACACAAUUAACUUCCGGGAUAGUAACAGGGCAUCCCAGAUGAAGCCGAACAGUCGACCCAUUUUUCGGGCAGACCUCACUCUGGCCAUUCCCAACAUCACCAUGGUUCCUGCCCUGGAAGACAUACAGCAAAUGCUGAACAAAGCUGUGGAGUGCAUCGUCAACGUCACCAAGGGGGUUAGGCAGUGGAGCGGGGAGCUGUUGUCCAAGAAAAAGGUGCAUGAAAGAAAAAUGGUUGCUUUGCAGAAUAACGAAGACAGCGAUUCUGAUGCUGAAAUGGGAGAAAAUGAACUGCAAGAUACCUUGGAAAUAGCAUCUGUAAACUUACCCAUUCCUGUGCAAACCAGGAACUACUAUAAGAAUGUUUCUGACAACAAAGAGAUUGUAAAAUUAGUCUCUGUGCUUAGCACAAUCAUCAACUCCACCAAAAAGGAAGUUAUUACAUCCAUGGAUUGCUUCAAAUGCUACAAUCACAUUUGGCAAAAGGAGAAAGAAGAAGCCAUUAUGAUAUUUAUUAAGAAAAACCCCUUGCUUCCUGAAUUUGAAGCCCAGAUUCUCUAUUUCCAAAACUUAGAGCAGAAAAUUAAUGCUGAGCCUGAAUGUGUCUAUGUGGGUGCCAUUGCUCUGUACACAGCUGACUUGAAGUUCACCUUGAGUGCUGAGACAAAAGCCUGGAUGGUUGUCAUUGGCCGUCACUGUAACAAAAAAUACAGGAGUGAGAUGGAAAACAUUUUGACACUUGUUGAAGAAUUCAAUAAGAAACUGAACCGUCCCAUUAAAGACCUAGAUGAUAUUCGGAUUGCUAUGGCGGCACUGAAGGAAGUCAGGGAGCAGCAAAUUUCCAUCGACUUUCAAGUAGGACCUAUUGAGGAAUCCUAUGCCCUGCUUAACAAGUAUGGGCUUCUGAUAGCAAAGGAAGAGAUGGAUAAAGUUGAUACCCUGCGUUAUGCUUGGGAGAAGCUUCUAGCACGUGCCAGUGAAGUUCAGAAUGAAUUAGUCUCACUGCAGCCCAGUUUCAGGAAAGAGCUUAUUAGUACAGUGGAAGCCUUCCUCCAGGACUGCCACCAGUUCUAUAUGGACUAUGAUUUGAAUGGCCCAAUGGUCAGUGGCUUGAAACCCCAGGAAGCCAGUGACAGGCUUAUCAUGUUUCAGAAUCAAUUUGAUAAUAUCUAUCGGAAAUACAUCACCUAUACUGGGGGAGAGGAGCUUUUUGGUCUGCCAGUUACCCAGUAUCCUCAGCUUCUCGAAAUAAAGAAACAAUUAAAUUUUCUCCAGAAAAUAUACACCCUCUACAACAGUGUUAUAGAAACUGUAAAUAGCUAUCACGAUAUCCUGUGGUCAGAAGUGAAUAUUGAAAAAAUCAACAAUGAACUUUUAGAGUUUCAGAACAGGUGCCGGAAGCUGCCCCGGGCCUCAAAGGACUGGCAGGCCUUUUUGGAUCUGAAGAAGACCAUUGAUGAUUUCAGCGAGUGCUGCCCGCUGCUGGAGCACAUGGCCAACAAGGCCAUGAUGGAGAGGCACUGGGAAAGGAUUGCUGCUCUCACUGGGCACAGCCUGGAUGUGGGGAAUGAAGCUUUUAAGUUAAGAAACAUCAUGGAGGCACCACUUCUGAAAUACAAAGAGGAAAUAGAGGACAUCUGUAUUGGUGCUGUGAAAGAGAGAGACAUCGAGCAAAAGCUGAAACAAGUGAUUAAUGAGUGGAACAACAAAACAUUCACAUUUGGCAGCUUUAAAGCCCGCGGAGAACUCCUCCUGCGUGGAGACAGCACCUCGGAAAUCAUCGCCAACAUGGAGGACAGCUUGAUGCUCCUGGGCUCCCUGCUGAGCAGCAGGUACAAUAUGCCAUUCAAAGCCCAGAUUCAGAAAUGGGUGCAGUUACUUUCCAACUCAACGGACAUCAUUGAAAACUGGAUGAUGGUGCAAAACUUGUGGAUUUACUUAGAAGCUGUCUUUGUGGGAGGAGAUAUUGCCAAGCAGCUUCCUAAGGAAGCCAAGCGCUUUUCCAAUAUUGAUAAGUCUUGGGUGAAGAUCAUGAAUCGGGCUCAUGAAAUGCCAAAUGUGGUCCAGUGCUGUGUUGGAGAUGAAACCAUGGGGCAGCUAUUACCACACUUGCUGGACCAGUUGGAAAUAUGCCAGAAAUCCCUCACUGGAUACUUGGAGAAAAAACGCCUUUGCUUUCCUCGGUUCUUCUUUGUCUCGGAUCCGGCCCUUCUGGAGAUUCUGGGGCAGGCCUCGGACCCGCACACAAUACAAGCGCAUUUGCUGAGUGUGUUUGACAAUAUUAAAACUGUCAAGUUCCACGAAAAGGUCUAUGAUCGCAUUCUGUCAGUUUCUUCUCGAGAGGGUGAGACGAUUGAAUUGGACAAACCUGUGAUGGCAGAGGGCAAUGUGGAAGUUUGGCUUAAUUCUCUCUUGGCGGAAUCUCAGUCCUCAUUACAUCAUGUGAUUCGCCAGGCAGCGGAAAAUAUUCAAGAAACAGGUUUCCAACUGAUUGAAUUUUUUUCUUCCUUCCCUGCUCAGGUUGGAUUAUUAGGAAUUCAAAUGAUAUGGACACGGGAUUCAGAAGAAGCCCUUAGAAAUGUCAAGUUCGAUAAAAAAAUCAUGCAGAAAACCAAUCAGUCCUUCUUGGAGCUGCUGAAUACAUUGAUUGACAUUACAACCAAAGAUCUGAGUUCCGUGGAACGAGUUAAAUAUGAGACUUUGAUCACUAUUCACGUGCACCAAAGGGAUAUCUUUGAUGACCUGUGUCACAUGCAUAUCAAGAGCCCUACAGACUUUGAAUGGUUGAAACAGUGCAGGUUUUAUUUUAAUGAAGAUGCUGACAAGAUGAUGAUCCACAUCACAGACGUGGCUUUCAUAUACCAGAACGAGUUUUUAGGCUGCACGGACAGGCUUGUCAUAACUCCACUCACAGACAGGUGUUAUAUCACAUUGGCUCAGGCUCUGGGAAUGAGCAUGGGAGGAGCACCCGCUGGACCUGCAGGAACUGGCAAAACAGAAACUACCAAAGAUAUGGGACGAUGUCUUGGGAAAUAUGUUGUGGUUUUCAAUUGUUCGGACCAGAUGGAUUUCCGAGGGCUUGGACGGAUUUUUAAAGGGCUGGCACAGUCUGGAUCCUGGGGUUGUUUUGAUGAAUUUAACCGUAUCGAUCUACCAGUUCUCUCAGUUGCAGCUCAGCAAAUUUCCAUUAUUUUGACAUGUAAAAAAGAGCAUAAAAAAUCUUUUAUUUUUACUGAUGGAGAUAAAGUGACCAUGAAUCCUGAAUUUGGACUUUUUCUGACCAUGAACCCUGGCUAUGCUGGGCGGCAGGAACUCCCUGAAAACUUGAAGAUUAACUUCCGCUCUGUGGCCAUGAUGGUCCCUGACCGCCAGAUUAUCAUAAGGGUGAAGUUGGCUAGCUGUGGCUUCAUUGACAACAUUGUUUUGGCCAGGAAGUUUUUCACGCUCUACAAGCUUUGCGAGGAGCAGCUUUCUAAGCAGGUACAUUAUGAUUUUGGUCUGCGUAACAUUCUGUCAGUUCUGCGAACAUUGGGAGCAGCAAAAAGAGCCAACCCCACAGAUACGGAGUCCACGAUCGUCAUGCGCGUCCUACGAGACAUGAAUCUCUCUAAACUGAUUGAUGAGGAUGAACCUUUAUUUUUGAGUUUGAUUGAAGAUCUCUUCCCAAAUAUUCUUCUGGACAAGGCAGGCUAUCCUGAACUGGAGGCGGCAAUUAGUAGACAGGUUGAAGAAGCUGGUUUAAUCAACCAUCCACCUUGGAAGCUGAAAGUCAUCCAGCUGUUUGAAACACAGAGAGUUCGGCAUGGAAUGAUGACCCUGGGGCCUAGUGGAGCAGGGAAGACCACCUGCAUCCACACCUUGAUGAAAGCCAUGACAGAUUGUGGAAAACCACAUCGGGAAAUGAGGAUGAAUCCCAAAGCAAUUACGGCCCCCCAGAUGUUUGGUCGGCUUGAUGUGGCCACGAAUGACUGGACCGAUGGGAUAUUUUCUACUCUUUGGAGGAAAACAUUGAGGGCUAAGAAAGGGGAGCAUAUCUGGAUAGUUCUUGAUGGUCCAGUAGAUGCCAUCUGGAUUGAAAAUCUGAAUUCCGUUUUGGAUGAUAACAAAACUCUCACCCUUGCCAAUGGCGAUCGAAUUCCCAUGGCUCCAAACUGCAAGAUUGUUUUCGAGCCUCACAACAUUGACAAUGCUUCUCCUGCUACCGUCUCAAGGAAUGGAAUGGUUUUCAUGAGUUCUUCUGUCCUGGACUGGAGUCCUGUUCUUGAGGGAUUUCUCAAAAAACGCUCACCUCGAGAAGCUGAAAUUCUUCGUCAGCUGUACACCAAGUCUUUUUCCGACCUGUAUCGCUUCAGUAUUCAGAACUUAGAGUACAAGAUGGAGACGCUGGAGGCCUUUGUAAUCAUGCAAAGCAUUAACAUGCUGCAAGGUUUGAUCCCUCUGAAGGAGCAAGGUGCGGAGGUCACGCCAGAGCACCUGGGGAGGCUGUACGUCUUCUCCCUGAUGUGGAGCAUUGGGGCGCUGCUGGAGCUGGACGGCCGGCGCCGGCUGGAGCACUGGCUGCGUUCUCAGGAAGCGCUGACCUUGGAUCUGCCGCCACUAGCAGGGACCAAUGACACCAUGUUUGACUAUUACGUCACGUCUGACGGUAAAUGGAUGCACUGGAACACACGUACUGAGGAAUAUGAAUAUCCACCUAAUGCCACCCCAGAAUACAGCUCCAUCCUGGUGCCAAAUGUUGACAAUGUGAGGACUGACUUCCUAAUUAAAACCAUUGCUAAACAGGGCAAGGCUGUGUUGUUAAUUGGUGAGCAAGGGACAGCCAAAACGGUCAUAAUCAAAGGAUUUAUGUCAAAAUACGAACCUGAAAGUCACAUGAUCAAGAGUCUGAAUUUUUCUUCUGCAACGACUCCACUGAUGUUUCAGAGGACAAUAGAGAGUUAUGUGGAUAAACGCAUGGGCACAACAUAUGGCCCUCCUGCAGGAAAGAAGAUGACUGUUUUUAUUGAUGACGUGAAUAUGCCAAUCAUCAAUGAGUGGGGAGACCAGGUUACUAAUGAGAUCGUGCGACAGCUAAUGGAACAGAAUGGUUUUUAUAACCUCGAGAAGCCUGGGGAGUUUACCAGCAUCGUGGACAUCCAGGUUUUGGCAGCCAUGAUCCAUCCUGGGGGUGGGCGCAAUGAUAUACCCCAAAGACUCAAGAGGCAGUUCUCUAUAUUUAACUGCACGCUGCCCUCUGAUGCUUCCAUGGACAAGAUCUUUGGUGUGAUUGGGAUAGGCUACUACAGUGUCCAAAGGGGUUUCUCAGAAGAAGUGAGAGAUUCAGUGACAAAAUUGGUUCCCCUGACACGCCGGCUGUGGCAGAUGACUAAGAUUAAAAUGCUUCCUACCCCUGCAAAAUUCCAUUAUGUAUUUAAUCUUCGAGAUCUUUCUAAGAUCUGGCAGGGAAUGCUGAACACUACGUCAGAGGUUAUCAAGGAACCAGAUGAACUGUUAAGGCUGUGGAAACAUGAAUGUAAACGCGUGAUAGCCGAUCGUUUCACGGUGCCUGAUGAUGUGGCCUGGUUUGAUAAGGCUUUAGCAAGUGUGGUGGAGGAGGAGUUUGGUGAAGAGAAAAAGCUCUUGGUGGAUUGUGGAAUCGACUCUUAUUUUGUGGAUUUCUUGAGGGAUGCACCUGAAGCAACAGGAGAAUCAUCUGAGGAGACUGAUGUGGAGAUGCCCAAAGUUUAUGAGCCAAUUCAGUCUUUUGAUCACUUAAAGGAGCGUUUGAAUAUGUUCCUGCAGCUCCAUAAUGAGAGUGUCCGUGGCGCCGGCAUGGAUUUGGUGUUCUUCGUGGAUGCGAUGGUCCACUUAGUCAAGAUCUCACGCAUCAUUCGCACUCCCCGGGGAAAUGCCCUCCUGGUGGGGGUUGGCGGGUCAGGAAAGCAGAGUCUGACAAGAUUGGCCUCCUUCAUUGCUGGCUAUACUUCCUUCCAGAUCACUCUGACAAGAUCCUACAACACAUCAAAUCUGAUGGAAGACCUGAAAAUUUUGUAUAGAACAGCUGGUCAGCAAGGCAAAGGAAUCACUUUUAUUUUCACGGACAAUGAGAUCAAGGAUGAGUCAUUUUUGGAAUAUAUGAACAACGUUUUAUCAUCUGGUGAGGUCUCCAACCUAUUUGCUCGGGAUGAAAUUGAUGAAAUCAAUAGUGAUCUCACAUCAGUCAUGAAAAAAGAACACCCCAGAUGUCCGCCGACCAAUGAGAACCUGUAUGACUAUUUCAUGAGCCGGGUCCGACAGAACCUUCACGUUGUGCUCUGCUUUUCACCGGUGGGGGAGAAAUUUCGAAACCGGGCUUUGAAGUUCCCCGCCUUGAUUUCAGGGUGCACUGUUGACUGGUUCAGCCGCUGGCCUAAGGACGCCCUAAUUGCUGUGUCUGAACACUUCCUCUCUUCCUAUGAUAUCGGCUGCAGUUUGGAAACCAAGAAAGAAGUGGUCCAGUGCAUGGGCUCCUUCCAGGAUGGAGUAGCUGAGAAGUGUGUUGAUUAUUUCCAGAGAUUCCGACGUUCUACCCAUGUGACUCCCAAGUCAUACCUCUCCUUUAUUCAGGCCUAUAAGUUCAUAUAUAGAGAAAAGCACAUGGAAGUGCAAACUCUGGCCAACAGGAUGAAUACUGGAUUGAAAAAGCUAAAAGAAGCUUCAGAGUCUGUUGCAGCUCUGAGCAAAGAACUGGAAGUGAAAGAAAAGGAGCUACAAGUGGCAAAUGAUAAAGCUGACACGGUCUUAAAAGAAGUGACGAUGAAGGCACAAGCUGCUGAAAAGGUCAAGGCUGAGGUACAGAAGGUAAAGGACAAAGCACAGGCCAUUGUAGACGGCAUCUCUAAAGAUAAAGCCAUCGCAGAAGAGAAACUGGAAGCAGCCAAACCUGCUUUAGAAGAGGCAGAAGUGGCCCUGCAGACCAUCAAGCCUUCGGACAUCGCCACCGUCCGCACGCUGGGCCGACCCCCUCACCUCAUCAUGAGGAUCAUGGACUGUGUGCUGCUGCUGUUUCACAGGAAAGUCAAUGCAGUGAAAAUUGACCUGGAAAGAAGCUGUACAAUUCCUUCCUGGCAGGAGUCUUUAAAACUGAUGACUGCAGGGAACUUUUUACAGAACUUACAGCAAUUCCCAAAAGACACAAUCAAUGAAGAAGUGAUAGAAUUUUUGAGUCCUUACUUUGAAAUGACAGACUACAACAUCGAAACUGCUAAACGUGUAUGUGGGAAUGUAGCAGGUCUUUGUUCCUGGACCAAAGCCAUGGCUUCCUUCUUUUCUAUAAACAGAGAGGUGCUGCCCCUGAAGGCCAACCUGGUGGUGCAGGAGAAUCGCCACGCCUUGGCCAUGCAGGAUCUGCAGAAGGCGCAGGCGGAGCUGGACGACAAGCAGGCAGAGCUUGAUGUGGUGCAGGCUGAGUAUGAACAGGCCAUGUCUGAGAAGCAGACCUUGCUUGAAGAUGCCGAGAGGUGCAGGCAUAAAAUGCAGACGGCCUCCGCGCUGAUCGGUGGCUUGGCAGGAGAAAAAGAAAGAUGGACAGAGCAAAGUCAAGAGUUUGCAGCACAAACAAAAAGACUUGUUGGGGAUGUUUUGUUGGCCACGGCUUUUCUGUCUUACUCUGGUCCAUUUAACCAAGAAUUUCGCAAUCUGCUGUUAAAUGACUGGCAGAAGGAAAUGAAAGCCCGGGAAAUUCCAUUUGCAGACAAUCUAAAUCUCAACGAGAUGCUGAUUGAUGCUCCUACCAUUAGCGAAUGGAAUCUCCAAGGCCUGCCAAAUGACGACCUAUCCAUUCAGAAUGGAAUUAUUGUCACAAAGGCAUCUCGUUAUCCUUUGUUAAUUGAUCCACAGACUCAAGGCAAGAUCUGGAUUAAAAAUAAAGAAAGCCAAAAUGAACUCCAGGUCACAUCUCUAAAUCACAAGUACUUCAGAAACCACCUGGAGGACAGCCUUUCUCUUGGAAGGCCCUUGCUGAUCGAAGAUGUUGGGGAGGAACUAGAUCCAGCACUAGAAAACGUUUUGGAGAGAAACUUCAUUAAGACUGGGUCUACCUUUAAGGUGAAAAUCAGUGACAAGGAAGUAGAUGUGAUGGAUGGCUUCAGACUCUACAUUACCACCAAACUGCCCAACCCGGCCUAUACCCCUGAGAUAAGUGCUCGAACCUCUAUCAUCGACUUCACCGUCACCAUGAAAGGUCUAGAAGACCAGCUGCUUGGUAGAGUCAUUCUCACAGAGAAGCAGGAAUUGGAGAAAGAAAGAACUCAUCUUAUGGAAGAUGUAACUGCAAACAAAAGAAGAAUGAAGGAGCUAGAAGAUAAUUUGCUUUACCGGCUGACCAGUACCCAGGGGUCCUUGGUGGAAGAUGAGAGUCUCAUUGUUGUGCUGAGUAACACAAAAAAGACUGCUGAAGAGGUGACACAGAAGCUGGAAAUUUCGGCUGAGACAGAAAUUCAAAUUAACUCAGCCCGGGAGGAAUACAGACCUGUGGCUACAAGGGGCAGCAUCCUGUAUUUUCUCAUCACUGAGAUGCGCUUGGUUAAUGAGAUGUAUCAGACUUCGCUCCGCCAGUUUCUCGGCUUGUUUGACCUUUCCUUAGCCAGGUCCGUCAAGAGCCCAAUUACAAGCAAAAGAAUUGCCAAUAUCAUCGAACACAUGACCUAUGAGGUCUAUAAGUACGCUGCCCGGGGCUUGUACGAGGAGCACAAAUUCCUGUUCACCUUGCUGCUUACCCUGAAGAUUGACAUCCAGAGGAACCGGGUCAAGCAUGAAGAGUUUCUCACCCUUAUUAAAGGUGGUGCCUCAUUGGACCUUAAAGCUUGUCCCCCUAAACCAUCUAAAUGGAUCCUGGACAUGACCUGGCUGAAUUUGGUGGAACUCAGCAAACUUAGACAGUUUUCAGACGUCCUUGAUCAGAUAUCAAGAAAUGAAAAAAUGUGGAAAAUUUGGUUCGAUAAGGAAAACCCUGAGGAAGAACCUCUCCCCAAUGCCUAUGACAAAUCCCUUGACUGCUUUAGACGUCUUCUUCUUAUUAGAUCCUGGUGUCCUGACAGAACCAUUGCCCAGGCCCGGAAGUACAUCAUGGACUCCAUGGGAGAAAGCUAUGCCGAAGGAGUCAUCUUGGACUUGGAAAAGACAUGGGAGGAAUCUGAUCCACGGACACCACUCAUCUGCCUCCUGUCUAUGGGCUCAGAUCCUACAGAUUCCAUCAUUGCCUUGGGGAAGAGGUUAAAAAUAGAAACUCGUUACGUGUCCAUGGGCCAGGGUCAGGAGGUCCAUGCGCGCAAGCUCCUGCAGCAGACCAUGGCAAACGGAGGAUGGGCACUUCUGCAGAACUGCCACCUGGGACUCGAUUUCAUGGAUGAGCUAAUGGACACUGUUACAGAAACCAAGACUGUGCAUGAUGCUUUCCGCCUGUGGAUGACCACUGAGGUUCAUAAGCAGUUUCCCAUUACACUUCUUCAGAUGUCUAUUAAGUUUGCCAAUGAGCCUCCGCAGGGCCUCAGGGCAGGACUGAAAAGAACAUAUGGCGGUGUGAGCCAAGACCUGCUGGACGUGAGCACGGUGGCCCAGUGGAAGCCCAUGCUGUACGCCGUGGCUUUCCUGCACUCCACAGUCCAGGAGAGGCGGAAGUUUGGUCCCCUGGGGUGGAACAUCCCUUAUGAAUUUAAUCAAGCGGACUUUAAUGCCACUGUGCAGUUCAUCCAAAACCACUUAGAUGACAUGGAUAUCAAAAAGGGCGUCUCCUGGACCACCGUCCGCUACAUGGUAGGCGAGAUUCAGUAUGGAGGCAGAGUCACUGAUGACUACGAUAAGAGGUUGUUGAACACAUUUGCUAAGGUUUGGUUUAGUGAGAAUAUGUUCGGACCAGAUUUCAGCUUUUACCAAGGAUAUAAUAUUCCAAAGUGCAGCACAGUGGAUAACUACCUUCAUUAUAUCCAGAGUUUGCCCGCCUACGACAGCCCCGAGGUCUUCGGGCUGCACCCCAAUGCUGACAUCACGUACCAGAGCAAGCUGGCCAAGGACGUGCUGGACACCAUCCUGGGCAUCCAACCCAAGGACAGCUCUGGUGGAGGGGAUGAGACCCGGGAGGCCGUGGUGGCCCGGCUGGCUGAUGACAUGCUGGAAAAGCUACCCCCUGACUAUGGUCCAUUUGAAGUAAGAGAGAGGCUACAGAAGAUGGGGCCAUUCCAGCCUAUGAACAUUUUCCUCCGGCAGGAGAUAGACAGAAUGCAAAGGGUGCUCACCCUGGUCCGCAGCACCCUGACCGAGCUAAAACUUGCCAUCGAUGGCACCAUCAUCAUGAGUGAAAAUCUUCGUGAUGCAUUAAAUUGCAUGUUUGAUGCCAGAAUUCCUGCUCAGUGGAAAAAAGCAUCGUGGGUUUCAAGUACAUUGGGUUUCUGGUUUACGGAACUUAUAGAAAGAAACUGCCAAUUUACCUCUUGGGUUUUCAAUGGCCGACCCCACUGCUUCUGGAUGACAGGCUUUUUUAACCCCCAAGGAUUUUUAACUGCAAUGCGACAGGAGAUAACUCGGGCCAACAAAGGCUGGGCCCUGGACAAUAUGGUGCUUUGCAACGAAGUCACUAAGUGGAUGAAAGAUGACGUUUCUGCCCCUCCCACAGAGGGUGUCUACGUCUAUGGUUUAUAUCUUGAAGGUGCUGGCUGGGACAAGAGGAGCAUGAAACUCAUUGAGUCCAAACCGAAAGUGCUCUUUGAGUUGAUGCCUGUCAUAAGGAUUUAUGCAGAACACAACACUCUAAGAGAUCCUCGGUUUUACUCCUGCCCCAUCUACAAGAAGCCGGUCCGAACGGACUUGAACUACAUUGCUGCUGUGGACCUGAGGACAGCCCAGGCGCCGGAACACUGGGUGCUCCGUGGGGUCGCCCUUCUCUGUGAUGUCAAGUAA